UAGAAAAGAGUGGCCGGGCAACCCUCCGAAACCACCUUCGCAAUCCCUGCUCUUCCAAUCUUGUCUGCCAUAUUUCCAGGAUGUACGGCCUGGAUUUGGGUGGUUGGUGGCCGGUGGACAAGUUCGAUCGUUCUUCCUCCUACUACUGCUGCGCUCAAACGUCUGACACGGCAGUACCAGCAAAUAUUAUCAUCACCAAUAGGCAAUAGCCCAGGUAAGUUAUUAAUAAAACGCCGGAAAGCCAAUAACAAAACCAAAAGAAAAAAAAAUCUGCAAAAUCAUCUAACCUUUUUCUUUAUUGUUGUUUUGUUGGCUGCUUUGGUAUAUUAGACCGCCGACGAGUAAGUACAGUUUUCAAUUGUAAUUGAUUGCUGUCUUUCAAAUUCUUCUCAGCUCUUUUAAUGUGAUUGUUAGCACUUAAAGCUCUUGGAUCAUUCGUAAAUCUUCUUGUUUAACGUCUCUGGUCUUUAGGCUCAGAUGCUCGUUCUUUAGUUUUGGCUGUUAACUCGUUUGGGUUGUCAACUUUCAGUCAAAACUUAAUGGUAAUCUUGGGGAGAAUAAUUAAUGAGAAUGCCCAAUGAAGUAUUAUCCGGAAAUGUCCUAUCUUUUGAAUUUUCUUCGACACUAUGUAUAGGGGCAUUUCUUGAGGAAGCAGUGUUUGGUAAAGAUGUCAAAUGGGCUUCUGAUUUUUGUAUCUGUUUUCAUGAGCUGAAGCCCCCCCCCAAGAUUAUCUAUUCUGAUCUGCGCAGAUAUGGCACCGGAUUGGAAAGGAAAAGCUAUUGUCAUAAUGGGAGUUAGCGGUGCUGGGAAAUCAACCAUUGGUCAGAUGCUAGGUGAAGCUUUAAAAUGCUGCUAUAUCGAUGCUGAUGAUUACCAUCCACAAGCUAACAGAGAAAAAAUGAGAAAUGGGAUACCUCUAUCUGAGGAAGAUCGCAUACCGUGGCUUGAAACACUGAGAGAUGCCCUAAGAAGAAGUACAGGGAACGGAGGAACUGUAAUCCUUGGUUGCUCAGCUCUACAAAAGCACUACAGAGAAAUUCUUAGAUCUGCAGACCCAAGUUAUGAACCAGGUUCUUACAUUUCUAUAGUCAAAUUUGUAUUGUUGCAUGCUCAGGCUGAUGUGCUCGCUGCUCGGCUGGAGAAGAGAGCCGCAGAGGGGAAACAUUUCAUGCCCGCAAAGCUCUUGCAGUCCCAAAUGGAUUUGCUUCAUAUUGAUGAAUCUGAAGGUGUGCUUAAGGUUGAUGCUACGCUAGAACCCCAGGCUAUUGUGAAUAUCAUCAUACAAGCUUCGAUCAUCAAACCUCAGUCACAGCGAAGUCCUUGAAUACUGCAUUUGACCAGUUUUUCACAGGCCGUGGGAUAAAGUGGUUACUACAUUUAUGACUGCCCCCAGGCAGAUUCACUCUCCUUGUAAUUUCAGAGAGUACCACAAAGUUGGAUUUCUCUGUUAAUCUCAACUAUUUUGGUUGUCUUAAAAGAAGAUUUUGUCUUUUUUUUUUUUAAAGAAGCUUUCUAUCAUGGAAUAAGAAAUGCACGAUAUACCGUGUUGUAUUUGCACUUCCCUAAUUGAUCAAAGCGGUUAACUGCA